AUGAGAGAUUUCAUUCGGGUUUUUUUGGAAGAGAUCCAGGCUGGGCCUCCAGGUCUUUCAGAUUCGACCGUUUUGAGCUUCUCGGAGGUCCAUUUGGCUUUCCAGAAGGUUCAGUACUUGCUGGAAGACUGUACCCGGGACGACGCCCGGCUAUGGAUGCUGAUGAAUUCGGAGCGGGUUGCGAAUCAGUUUUGGGUCUUGAAUCUGACCAAUCCGGUGAUGAUCGGGAUGGGUCACAGCUAUGAUCAGAGCUCCAUUACGAAGUGGUUCAGAGCUGGAAAGCCGAUUUGUCCGGAAACAGGGGAGAAAACGAAGAACAUGGAGGUGGUGCCUAAUUUGGCAUUGAAGAGGUUGAUUCAGCAGUACUGCAAUGAGAAUGGGAUUCCGUUUGGCGAUUCCGGUUGUCGGAAUCACGACAUUGGGAGGAGUGCAGUUGCAGGUAGCUUGGCGGCUGAGGGAGCUAUGAAAAUGGUGGUGGAGUUUGUCAGUGGAAGUGUUGGGAUUGGAUCGAAUAAGGUUGCUUUUGAGAUUCGGCUUCUUUCCAAAACGAGCAUUUUUAAUAGGUCUUGUUUGGUGGAAGCUGGAGUGGUGCCACAUUUGUUGAAGCUGUUGGCUUCUGCAGAUUCGAAGACUCAAGAGAAUGUAGUUGCAGGGUUGUUGAAUCUGUUGAAGCAUUCAAAAGGGAAAGCUGUGAUUGUUGAAAAUGGGGGUGUGGAUUUGGUUGUGGAUGUUCUGAAGGAGGGUCUCAAAAAGAAGGAAAUGGGUUUUGAUUCUUCUUUAGUUUCAAGUCAACUAGGUGGGACGAGAUUGGAAUCACAUUGGGGAAGAAAACCCCCAGAAAAGCACAGGAGAAAAGAAGCCCAGAAAGGCCUAGAAAGAUAA